AUGGGCGGCGGCGGCGCUAACGACCGCUUCGCGGGAGCCAGCGACCCGCUGCUCCCCACGAAGCGGGAUGGGGACGAGGACGACGCCGGUGCCUCCGCGUUCCACGAGUUCGACGGCGCCUCCUUCGCCGGCGCGGUGUUCAACCUCUCCACCACCAUCGUCGGCGCGGGCAUCAUGGCGCUACCGGCCACCAUGAAGGUGCUCGGCCUCGUCCCCGGCCUCGUCAUGAUAGUGCUCGCCGCGCUCCUCACCGACGCCUCCAUCGAGCUGCUCGUGCGCUUCAGCAGCGCCGUGGGGGCGCGCUCCUACAGCGCGGCCAUGGGCAACGCCUUCGGAUUGUGGGGCAGGAGGCUGCUCCAGGUCUGCGUCGUCAUCAACAACGUCGGGGUCAUGAUCGUCUACAUGAUCAUUAUUGGUGAUGUGCUUUCUGGAACCACUUCUGGUGGUGAGCAUCACUAUGGUGUGUUAGAAGGAUGGUUUGGAAUACACUGGUGGAAUGGGCGUUUCUUUGUUCUCCUUGUUACAACCCUUUGUGUUUUUACUCCACUAGCAUGCUUGAAGCGUAUUGAUUCACUGAGCUAUACAUCCACAAUAUCUGUUGCUUUGGCGGUUGUAUUCGUUAUUAUUACUGCAGGAAUUGCUAUCAUCAAGUUGAUAGGUGGACAAAUUCCAAUGCCCAAGUUGUUUCCCACUAUUCCUGAUUUGGCAUCUGUUUGGGAACUUUUUACAGCAGUGCCGGUUCUUGUCACCGCUUAUGUUUGCCAUUACAAUGUUCACCCAAUUCAUAAUGAGCUAAAGGACUCUUCCCAGAUCAAGCCAAUAGUGCAUACAUCAUUGACACUAUGCUCGGCUAUCUACAUCACAACAAGUUUCUUUGGAUAUCUCCUCUUUGGUGAAUCUACACUCUCUGAUGUGCUCUCCAAUUUUGAUUCAAAUCUUGGGAUCCCAUACAGUUCAGUUCUAAACGAUGCUGUCAGAGUGAGCUAUGCUGUUCACCUUAUGCUUGUGUUCCCCAUGAUAUUCCAUGCAUUGAGGCUUAAUUUGGAUGGGCUCCUCUUCUCCGCUGCAAGGCCUCUGUCUUCUGACAACAGAAGAUUUGGCAUAAUGACAGCAUUGCUCCUCCUAGUGAUUUUUGGGUCUGCAAUCUUCAUUCCUAGUAUUUGGGAUGCCUUUCAGUUUACUGGGGCAACUGCUGCUGUCUGUAUUGCCUUUAUUUUCCCAGCUGCAAUCACUUUAAGGGAUCCACAAGGCAUUGCCAAGAAGUGGGACAAAAUUCUGGCGGUCUUCAUGAUUGUUCUUGCUGUUGUAUCAAAUGUAGUAGCUGUCUACAGCGAUGCCUACAAAAUAUUCCACAAGGAAAGUGCUCCUUCCAAGGCCUGA